AUGCCGUCCGACGAUCACCCCACGCAGGUUCUUAAGAAGAAGCGGAGCCGAGAACAACUUGAUUUGAACUCUUCGGUCGAUUCCAAGGCCGCGGCCAAAUCAGCACAGAAUUCUGCUCCGGUCGAGCCUUCUGAGGAGAAGUCGACCGACGCGAAAGAGCCGGAGAAGAAGCGUCACCGGGAUGGCUCGCAGGAGCAAGAGACCAAGACUGACAAAGGUUUCGCGGGGAGUGCGUUUGCGACAUCCUCACUUGCUGCAUUCGCUGGUUCUGACAAGUCCCCCUUUGGCUCGAUUGGAACAUCGACACCAUCUGUUUUCAAGCCCGCCGACUCUGGGAUGACAAGUUUCGCUUCACCCUCUGGAGGUUCCGGCUUUGGUUCCUUUGGCGGUGGCUUCUCUGGUGUCGGUGGCGGAUUCUCAGCAGCAGCAAAGACCAGUGGCCUCACCAGCUUUGCCUCUCCCAGUGCCCCUGCUACUUUUGGUGAAACCAAACCCUCGGCGCUUGGCGAGUCCAAAGCUUCAACGCUCGGUGCCGAAGAUUCCAAGGAUCAGGACGAGGAGAGCGACAAGGACGACGGCGAAGAGGAAGACAACAGCACUUUUGAGGCUGAGAAGACCGAUGAGCGCUUCUACGAACAAACCAGUAUGAAAUCUCUCUUUGUUGACCCCCGAAAUCACCCUCUAAUCAUCCGAACAGUGGAAACUGGCGAGGAAGAGGAAAUUACCUACUUCUCAUCCAGGUCCAAGUUGUUUCACUUCUUGGACGGCGAGUGGAAGGAGCGCGGUAUUGGUACCUUCAAGCUGAACGGCCGCAAGAGCUCCACCGACCCUGAAAAGAUAUUCUCCCGCAUGAUCAUGCGCGCCGACGGCAACAUGCGUGUCAUGCUGAACAGCUCUCUCUUCCGUGGCAUGAACUACGGAGAUUCCAAGAACGAAUGCCCGACCACCAAGCAAAUUCUCCUGGCCGGUCUUGAAAAUGGCCGAACUUUUCCUCUCAUGUUACGCUUCUCCAGCGUGGAAACAGCCGAGAAGCUCUGGACGGAAAUCGGAAAGUGCAUCAAGAACCUACCGGGCGAUGAUGGAGAGGAAAGCUAG